AGUCUCGCUCACUGGCGGGACCCUCCUCGACUAUUGAUAUAAGAACACACCCAUAGAGUUUGACACACCUUUACUUUGUAGUUAACUUCUGCACAUUCUUUCCGGACCGAACAAAGUCUAAAAUGACGGCGCAAACGAAGUGUUCAGAACUUGCUACGCAAAUAUUAAAAGAGGCUCCUGCGUCGAGAAAGGCGCUUAUUGACAACUAUAACAACCUUCACAAAGUGGCCGAUUACUGUGAAAACAAUUAUUUAGGCCUACAGGAUGAGGACACAUGGAAGGGUUUGGAGGAGACCAAAGCUUUGACCACUCAGGCUUUGGCCAGUGUGGCCUACCAGAUCAACAGCCUAGCCACUUCUGUCCUGAGACUGCUGGACACCCAGGCCAUGCAGCUGAAAGACAUGGAGAACUCCCUCAACCUCCUCUCUCUGGCUGUAGCUAUCCAUCAGGAGAAGGUGUCUCGGAGAGAGAUGGGAAUUUUCACCACAGUAACGAAGUUGGCUUGCGCCAAAUUAAUGAGCCCUCCCAAAGCUGGCCGGGAGCUCGAGGGUUGCUACAUCAGAAGACCCAUGUCCUUCACCGGACUGGACACACUGGGCCACAGCUUUAACCUCAAUGAGUUGCAGCCUCGGAAAAGAACAGGGACCACAGAGAGCGUGCGGAGUACAGGGAGCUGUGGCCCUGUGGAGUGUCCUGUUGCUCCUGCUACCCAGCCUGGGGAACCCUCCUCAGCCAGCGGCAAUAAGGAUCUCUAUAGGUCCAAUCUUGGCAUUAAUGUGGCCCUACCAUCGGUGCCCACCUUGCCAGUCUCCUCAAACCUCACCCAAAACUGCCCACAACCCCCUCCUGGAUCCACGUUUGACUCCAACAUCCCUCCUCCUCCCCCACCUGACUCCAUGGGCACUGGUCCUCCUCCUCCUACACCCUCCAUGACCUCAUCGAAUAACCUCCCUCCUCCUACACCGAAUGCAUCCCCUAAUGUUCCCUCUCCGCCACCCCCUCCUCCACCUCCUGCCAGCGCAUCAAAUAGCUUCCCCCCUCCUCCUCCUCCUGGUUCAAUGGGUAAUGCUCCACCUCCUCCGCCACCUCCACCUCCUCCCAGCUCAUCAAAUAGCUUCCCCCCUCCUCCUCCUCCUGGUUCAAUGGGUAAUGCUCCACCUCCUCCGCCACCUCCACCUCCUCCCAGCUCAUCAAUUAGCUUCCCCCCUGCUCCUCCUCCUCCUCCUCCUCCUCCACCUGGUUUAAUGGGUAAUGCUCCUCCUCCACCACCUCCUCCUCCUCUCCCUGGUACCUCCACUAAGGUGCCCCCACCUCCUCCGCCACCCCCACCUGGUUCAAUGGGUAAUGUUCCACCUCCUCCGCCACCUCCACCUCCUCCCAGCUCAUCAAAUAGCUUCCCUCCUCCUCCUCCUCCUCCUCCACCUGGUUCAAUGGGUAAUGCUCCUCCUCCACCACCUCCUCCUCCUCUCCCUGGUACCUCCACUAAGGUGCCCCCACCUCCUCCACCACCCCCACCUCCUCCUCUUCCAUAACUUAUAUUGUUACGUGUCUUCUCUAUCUACCUUCUGCUAUGUAGGGAUUACAUGAUAACAUGGCACAGCAAUGAAUUGAACUGAAUAUGGUAUGUAACCUGAAUACAGUGUGUGAUCAUGAUUGAGUUUUUAUGAAUAUGUAUAAAACCAAUUAGAUUUAUUUCAAUUUGCAAGUAUAUUGAUGACAGGAUUCUGCAUUAAAGGAAGUUUUUAAAUCUA